CGCUUGAUAAGAAAUAUCUUUGCGUGAGCCACGUUGUCGGACUCCAAAACCAUGUCGGGACUCAACGCUUCACUCGGCUACUUCCUCGCCUGCGUGGCUUUCGCCGCCUCGCUGCGGCCGCUGCCGGGGAAAUGGCCUCGCUUGGCUUUCCUGAUGGAGUUGGCCUCCUCCUUCAUGCUGGUGGCGUGCCGGUUGGAGGUGCAGACCAUCGUGGAGGUGGGCGAGUGGGCCGGGGGUCUGGGGCCCGACGUGACGGCGACUAUACUCUUGGCGGUGCUGCUGGCGCACGGCGUCGUCAGCGGGGAGGCGUCGGGGAACCCCGGCUUGAUCCUGAGGAGGUUCCUGCAGCUGGAGGCCACGGCGCUGGACACGGUCCUGGCAGUGGGCUCCCAGUUCCUCGGGGCCCACCUGGCCAUCCUGGUGGCGGGGUACUACUGGAGCCUGGAGCUGACCGACAUGCACAUGAUCAAGAACUUGAUGUCCAGCGAGUGCAGCACGUCCCUGCUGACCUCCUUGACGCAGGGCUUUUUCACAGAGUGCGUGUGCGCCAUGGUCUUUCACCUCGUGCACCUCUUCUUGAGACGGAGAUCCGCUCUCAUCCGGGUGCCGCUUCUCGCCAUCCUCCUCGCCUUCUUGGCCCACACAGCCAAAGGUUACACCUCGGCUUACAUCAACCCGUCAUUGGCCUACGGGCUCACGUUCUUUUGUCCUGGAUUCACCUUCGCGGAGUACGCCUUGGUCUACGGGCUGGCCCCUGUCACAGGAAUGACACUGGCGCUCCUCCUGUACAUGGGCCACAUUCCCAGGGUGUUUGCCAAGAACCUGCUGUCCUUUCAGAAGACACGCUUCAAAGUGCCCAAAGGAGGCGCCAAAGAGAAGAAAAAAUGAGCUUGUUUUUUUAUUUUAUUUGUUUGAACAUGCUCCCUUUUACAUGUAACAUGGUGAAUACAAAAAAUGCUACUAAAUGGGGAGUAAAAAAAAAAAAAAACAGGAUGUUUGCGAAUCGAUUUUAAUAAAAUAUUUUCUAAAGAAAUGUAAGGCCUCACCUUAAUCAAAUUGGUUUUGAAACAUUGAGAAAAAAUGUAUAAAAAAACAACAAAUAUGUAAGUUAUGGAGGUGUGUUAUGUAGUGGAGGUACUUGUACUGGGUUUGGGCGAUGGAGACUGGACAUCUGAAGCCUUUUGUGGCGGAUUUUUGUCAGAAACAACUUGACCUAUGGAAGGAAAAAAAUGAUAAUGUUAAGUUUUUAUUUCCAAAUACUGAUUUAGCAAUAAACAAAAACAUACAAAGAGCAUACUGAAUUUUCCAGACGAUAAAGCUCAAUAGAGGGAGGGGGGUUGCCCACAUCUGAGGUCCUCUCCAAGGUUUCUCAUAGUCAGGAUUGUCACUGGCGUCCCACUGGAUGUGAAUUCUCCCUGCCCACUGGGUGUGAGUUUUCCUUGCCCUUUUGUGGGUUCUUCCGAGGAUGUUGUAGUCGUAAUGAUUUGUGCAGUCCUU